CCUACAAGCUACACCAGUCCAUCAUUACUAGCAUGGCCGCUGCAAGGCGGCUAAGAUUGUGUUCAUCGUAUCCUCUGUUGUUUUAGAUUUCUACCUUCCAUCGAUACCUCGAACUGAUAUCAACAACCCUGUGGCGAUCGCCUUGACCUGGGAUUUCAGCAUGGCGACAACCGGAUUGUCGACGGCUGUUCCCCACAUUGACGAUGGCGCACCCCUGAACAGCACGGAAGAUGCUCCACCAAGGACCUCCACCGAUACGGGCAUGCGAUGUCCUGAUCCUUCGGCGCAUGUACACCAAUCUCACAACAAUGCUUUGCAAAAUCAGGCGUCGGCUGCGGCCUUGUAUAGCACAAGACCAGCCAACGAGAAGCAAAAGAUCAAUCCGCUCGGACCGGACGGAAAGCUUUCGUCAGCAAGCGCUGCGGCCAGUCUGAAAUACGCGAGAGCAAACGACCUUCCUAGCUUUCCAGUUGUUGGUAUCGACACCUCUUCCUCGGCUGGAGCAGCCGCGCUACUGGCAAACCAAAACAAGAAAAGCCCGGAGUGGUGGAAGCCUGAGCAGUCAUCUGCUGCCGGAAAGGCCGCGCUGUUGGCAAACGACUACAAGAUGAAGCCAUUGUGGCAACCAGAGGCAAGCGCUGCAGGCUCUAAGGCAGCACUUCUUGCCCACAGGGACGGUGGAAAGUUGAACUUGUGGCAGCCUGAAGCCAGUGCUGAAGGCAAUUCAGCAGCUAAUAUCGCCAUGCGCAAGACAGGUCUGGGCCCGCAAAUCGACUAUGGAUAUACCGAGGACGGGAGGAAGAAGGCGUUACUCGCAGCAACUGGAGCACAUUCAGCAUCUGGUCGCAAGCGCGCGCAGUCAAUCCCUAUGUCCGUCCCACUCUACCCUGACUCCAAGAACUCCGCCAAAAAUGCUUUGAAUGCCGCGACAGUAGCUCAUAGUCCCUCAAUGCGAGCAUCAAAAGCACCAGCGGUUCAACCACAGGACUCGAACCGACUUGGAUCCGGAGCCAUGGAGGCAGCAAGGAUUCAGCACGCCAAAAGCACUAGAGAGAUGUACACAAGCUCUCCUCCUGUCUCGUUGGAGGUCGAAGAAAAGAAGCGCAACGAUGCGCUUCGAGCUUCCGCUGUUGUCAUGGCGAAGAAGAUGUACGAUGUUCAACAACAGCAUAUUGAAGGAGCACCUGGUGUAUCUGCUGCUCGCACAGGGGCUACUGCCGCUCAUGGGCAAAAACCAGCCACAAGUGAAGGGGACCUCAAACAACAAGCCAUGCAGUAUAUUGGUAUUCAAGAAGCUGCACAGAAACUGGCGCAGGAGCGACUGGCCAAGAUCGGUUACGAUGAAAAUGCCGCUUACCGAAGCUACUAUGGUUAUGAAAAGCAAGGCCGUUCGAAGCUUUCCAUGCGACGAGGUAGGCCUCGUGCUCGCAGCACAUCUGAGGCUCCCGAAGAGGACAGUGACUCUGACGAGGACGACUUUCGUUCGAGGCGCAUUCGUCAUCAAAUGAAGCAGUUCAACGAGCAACUGGCUGACGUUGAUGCGAAGAAGCGCGAACAGGACCGCAAGGGCCUCAUUGCUGCAGCAGAACGUAAAGUGAAAGCCCAAAUGCAGGGCCUCGAUAAGGAUAUCUACGACAAGACCGGCAAGAUGUCGAACUCCAUGGUGGAUGACUGGGACGAGAAAGCGCGCCAACGGGCGCUUGCCAACUCAGAAGCUCGCAUGGAGAACCAUGGCAGAGUCAACAUUGGCAACGGCAAGUGGAUGGAUCAGGCUGAAAUUGACGCCAUUGCUCAGGCUAGACUUCAACCGACGUUGGAUGAGAUAACCGAAAAGGCUGAGAAGCGAAGAGCCGAAGACGCUGAAAGACAAUUCGAGCUGGAAAAGAAGCAGCGCAAGGAGCAAGAAGAGAAGGCACGUCUUGCCGAGAUCAAGGUCGAAGAGAAGAAGGGCAAAGAGGAAGAGAAGAGGGCAGCCAAGGCUCGCAACGCAGAAGAAAAAGCAGCUGCGAAGCAAGCAAAGGAGGCGGAGAAGACUAAGAAGGCUGAAGAGGACCGCCUGGCCAAAGAAGAGCAGCGAAAGUCUAAGGAAGCUGCACGAGCAGCGCCUACGACUGGGCCUGCUUUGGGAACUGCGGUUGUUGCCACACCCACAACCGCAACUCCUGCCGCAGUCACUGCUACCAGUGGGAAUGACGACCUGUACGAAGAGCCCACUGCUCCCACCGGAGUCUCUGAUGUGACCGCGCCCACACGGGACUCUACCGCUACUGCACCUACGCGAGACUCUACUGUUACUGCACCUUCAUCGACCGACCCUACUUCGCCCACCUCACCAACCUCAUCUAAGGGCUUCAAGUCUAUCUUCAACAAACUGAAGCGCCGCUCUAAGCACGACCCAGCUGUCGCUACUAACGCCGAUGGCAAGGUUAUGGAGAAAGACAACGCUGGGUUCAUCGGCGGUGCCAGCCUUCGGGCGUCCGAAUCGAAGUCCCACUCGUCGACAACACCACCCACUUCCCAUGCUGAAGCAAGCUCGACAACCCGCCCAACUGGCCUGGGCGAUGUCGAGCCCACAGUCGUCUCUCACGUCAGUGAGCCUGCAGGUGUACCUAAUGUUAGGGAGGACCGCUACUCUGACAUCUCAUCGCUCACCAGUGAUGAUGAAGAGCUGACGAGGGGCCGCCCCCGCCCAGUACGUCUCAUGAGCGACGACACCAGAGCUUCUUCGGACUUUGAGGAGGCGAGAGAUCACUUCGAUGAGGAUUUAGCUCCUCCUCCAACGUUCACGAGUGAGGUGGAUAAGGGUCGUCACGGCAGCCCAGUUCGAGACUCGAAGUUUCAUGAAGUUGGAAUCUAGUCGAAUCACGGAAACUGUGGAGGGAUGUAAUGCUUGACAACGAAUAAUUUGGAAGAUUGUAAUUGGUGGACGAGGGAGGACACAACUGUUUACACUCAUGAUUUUGCUUUACCCUUGAUACCGUACACCUGUAUUUGGAUUGACAUGAUUCCAUGGUUCCACUGUAUCGACAGUACCCUUACAACUGCCUGACUAGUUUCUUGGUACCCUCACCACCUUGCUGUAUAGCGAUUUGACGCUUGUAAGCUCCGCACCUUCACUGCAAUUGUAGUUUUUUCGCAGUGAG